AAAGAUUUGCUGGGUGGGUUCAAUGGAACCCAGCGAUCUACUAGGUUCUCAAACCUAAUGAUUUGUCAAUUUGCUAAAGGUUCGGAACCUAGCAGAUCUGCUAGAAAGCGCCACCUCCAGGGCCUUCAGCACCUCCGCGUCAGAGCUCAAUGGUACCACUCGCUCAGCGAUCCGAAUCAGGCUUUCGCCGAUCCAUUUGCCAAGGGAGUCUGCAAUCACUUCGUCAAAACGGGAUUUUGCCAGUACGGGGAUAACUGUAAGUACUUUCAUCCUAAGAACAACUUGCAGAACGCACAUCCCCGAGCUGCACCAGCAGAUGCGAUGAACACUACUGUGGAAACCUCAUGGGGCAAUUUACCCCCAUCCCUUAAGCCUCCUCCGGAGGGUGGAUAUCUGCAUCUUCCCGUUGUGGACUGGGGAUAGGCACAUGUAGUUAACAAUCAUGGCUAAUAGCCUAAUACUAUGGAUUUGCUGGAUGAAAUGAUGGGUUGAUUCUCUUACGGUACAAGAGCAUGGCGUUUGUUGAUAGCUUGUGUACUCUGCAGAUUUGGAUUUACCCUAGAGCAACAGAGACUGAUGUUUGACUCUAGGAGGUUCAUGUAAUAGUUUGAUUCUCUUCACCACUCCAUGGCUUUGGAGCAUAUUUAUUGGAUUCAAAAUCUAUUAAAUAAAGUUUAUCAUGCUUG